CCACGAGAAACCAGGGGGACACUGGGUUGGUGAAGAGCCACAGUGUGCCAGCUGGCAGCAUUGAGGCCAAAAAAGGUGCCCAGAAAAGGCAGUCCGACCCAAGCAUCCGAGCUCUGUCGUACAGCGAUGCUGAGGAGAAACUGGCAAAAGGGAGGGCGGAAAGCCAGAAGAACAGUAUGUGUGGCAGCAGCAAUAGCAGUGGGAGUAUGCCCAUGUCCUCAGCCCCAGGGGGCCCUCCAUCCAGUUUCAGCCUUCCCCAGGACCAGCAGUCUAGAGCAGUGACCCCUCAUAGUCUACCAGUCCCCAGCCAUGACCUUUACCCUCACUGUGAGUCUCCAGACUUGAGCUACUACUCAGUAACACGUGCUUACUCUGGCCUGAGUCUCUCAUCCAGACGGAGCCCAGACUGUCGCUUCCCCAAUGACACAGACCUGCGGGUGGGCUCGAUGGGUUCAGCCGGCUCCGAAUGCGGCAGUGAAAGCAGCGUGAGUUGCGGGAGCAGCUGCGACUCGUACAGUGAGAGGCUGUGUCCCGGGUGCCCCCCAGACACCUUACUGGAAGACAGCGUCCAUUUUGCUCAUCCCCACAGCCGGCUGUAUCCCCAUCAUGCCGCAUCAAACCGUGAACUGUGUGGCCUUCAUCCGGCCGAUUACACCAAUAUCCAACACAGCCACACGUCUAAUACAGGAGUACAUAGCUACCACCUGAGUAUGGCACGCGGGCAGAGCUGUGCUCACGAGCAGCCUCCACCAGAGGCUCCCCCAAAGCGGCCUCUCUACUCCUUGCCUCCUCAUCUUCAGCACCAGCCGCUAGCUGCACGCUCCAGCUGUCCAGGAGACUACCACUCACUGCCCCAGUCCAACCCUCACCCCCCUGGCUCUCCUCUUGGCCGCUGCCUGGCCCCCACGCGAGGAGAGAGUGUGUCAGACUCGCAUCUGUAUGAACACCUCUCUACAUCGCACCAUCACCACCGGACAAAAGCUUUGCCCAGCUGGGACUCGUACUACAGACAGCCUCCUUUGCCGGCGUCGAGGUAUGAGCCGUCUGCCUAUCAGAGCCUGCCAGACACACAGCAGUCAUCCUGGCACACCCCUCCCUGGGCACAGGACGGCUACACCCAGCACCACACUUCCCACCCAGCUCUCCACCCAUCCCCGACACAUUACUUAAACCACCCACCGCCUCAAGCCCACUCUCCGCACCCGCCUCACCCGUCCAGCACUCCUCUCCAAACAUACCCGCCUCACAGCGCUCACCUAGCAGUGCCCUCCCACGCUCCUCCCUCCUACAUGUCCCAGCUCCCAGAAUCCCCUGCACGCAGUCGCUACGGGGACAUGAGGGAGAAAGUGUACGUCAACCUGUGCAACAUCUUCCCCUCGGAGCUGGUGAGCCGUGUGAUGGCCAGGAGCCCCCACAUCGCAGACCCCCAGCAGCUGGCAGCUGCUAUACUUGCAGAGAAAGCCCAAACAGGGUACUGAAGAACAAAGUGUGAACUCCCAAAGGAAAACAAUGCAGUCAUGUAGUCUGAGUAAAAAUAGGAAAACAUAAACUGGGUGGUUUGCAUCAGAAGAGCAAACUUUGCCUUUGCAACACUUGAAAGGACGUUGGGUUUGCAUGGUGGUAUUUUAAAUACUGGAAUGCUUUCGGAUUGUUUACAUGUUGAGCUUUUUCUUUUCUUAUGACAUUAAGGAGACCUAGUAUAGGUUUCAAGGAUAAGAAAUGCUAAAGCUAAUCCAAAUCCAGCUCUGGUUAUUGCACAGGGACAACUAAAUCAACUGAACUUUAAGAAGUGUGGGGAGAGCAAAUCAUUUGACGAAAUCUUUGACUUUGACACAAAGUGCAACUUUUUCCAGACCCGCCCAGUGAGUCUUUUUUAUUUGUUUAGUAGUGUAUUAUGUGUGUGUAACAUGCAGGACUGUUAAUGCACCAAUUUCAAAAGGUUCUUUUUUACAGCCAAAUCAUAACCUAGAGUUGCAUCGCAUACAUCAAAUAUGACUGGUAUGAAGGAUAAUUUAAGCAUUUCUACCACCUAUUAUUAUGAUUCUGAUUUGUAGUGUGUAUAUAUACACACAUAAUGUGCAUUGUACACUGUAAUUACUAUCAGAGCCAAGUCAAACAGUGUUUGCAAAUUUUCUUUUCUUUGUUUAAAGCCAGAUAGAUGGGAUUUUUUUUUUUACCUCAUAACUAUUCAGAAAAGUGUCACAGAUUCACUGGAUAAUUUUCUUAUUGUGUCAUUUUUCAAAUCCAUCAUCACAUUUCAAACUACUAUUUGACCAAGGUCUGUGUAUUGUAUUAAUCUCUGUGUGUGUUGUGUGGCCAUUUGUGGGGCUUUUUCCAUGUUGGUAAAAAUGGGUGUCUGAAAGAUGGUCGUCUUGUUUGAGAUGACCGCCGUACUUUGGUCGGAGUUGUAGCCGUAGAGAUGGGUGACCCUGUCGUGUGUACCUUAGUUUUAGUAAGGGACAUCUCUCUCUUUCUCUCUCUCUCUCUCUCUCUCUCUCUCUCUCUCUCUCUCUCUCUCUCUCUCUCUCUCUCUC